GGCCAAGGGCUUCCAGCACCAGAGGAUGACUAACGGGGCCAUGAAUGUAGAGAUAGGAAACCCAGCGUACAAGAUCUACGAGGGUGAGCCAGACGACGAUGCCGGGGAUCUUCUAGACUCAGACUUCACACUGGACCCAGACAAGCCCACCAACUUCACCAACCCAGUGUACGCCACCCUGUACAUGGGAGCCCACAACAGCCGCAACUCCCUGGCCAGCACAGAUGAGAAGAAGGAGCUUCUGUCACGGGGGGAUGAGGAGCCUCUGGUGGACCCGCUAGCAUAAACUUUCUAUUAGCCUGGGGCGUAACAUUCCAAACACACCCCUCUUUUUGCCUUUUGAAAGAAAAACAGAAAGAAAAUAAACAGAAAAGGCGUGCACACUGUAUAAAUUGUACAAAAAUCAACCUUUUUGUAUGUGAUUGCAGUAUUAUAUUUAGUCCUUUUACGAUUCCUCUGGUCAAAAAGGAACAAAAACAUUUUAUAGAAUACAUUUUUUAUUUACUAUUUUUGUCCCUUUACCUAAAUAGCCACUACCUCUGUGCACAAGGAAAUAGAAGAAAAAAACUAUUUGAAGAAGAAAAACAUAAUUGGAGUAUUUUGUUUUGUAUUAAUUGUAUAGAGAAAUUUUUUUGUGUUAAUUUUGAGCAGGGGAAGGCGAACUCUGUUUUUUAAGUCGGUACCAAUGUUCUCUUGAUGACAGUUUUGUCUGCUGGGGUGUAAGACAGGAAUAAUACAGUACGAUUUGUGUACAGCACGUGUAAAAUGUCAAUACCGGAUGGCAAUUUAUUUCCAUAUUAUUUUCUCAGAAAACUAUGUUAAUGAAAUUGUUUUCUUUCUUGCACAGACAAUGUUCUAUGGUGUAUAUACCGUAACUGUAACGCAGGUCAAUAUAUGUUUGUUUCUAUCCUUAAGGUGUGUAGGGCUCAUGUGAUGUUAAAAUAGCGUAAUCCAAGUGUUGUUGAAGCGACUGAGAAUGAGUGACUGACUGAUUACUGGUGAGAUGUGAUGAUUAUGACGAGGUUGAAGAUUCCAGGCUUGGGAAUGCGUCCAUAUAGUGGGCUGUGGGUGUGCCCAGUUUCCAUGUCACGGCAGGUCAGAGGAUGCUAACGAUGGGACGGACCAGGUAUACUGUGAGAAGAUGUGUGACAUCUUCGCUGAGAAGGUCACCAAUCUGCACCCCUUCAGUGGACUGUGGUGCCAGAGGACAAGUGUCUUAGUUACAGCUGUGUGGAUGGACAUAGGAGAUGGGAUAACUAAUGGUCUACGGUAUGUUUGUUUUUCGCAGCAUUUCCUCAUGUGGUUUAUGUAAGGGCUUGACUGUCCUUCUGGCCCUGUCAGACAUCAGUACAGAUGAAUCCUUCUAACCUGAGAAAAUGAGUUUUGUGCUUUAAUGGUUUUGUAACAGCUCUAUCUGAAGGGCAGCCAUUUCUUUAUUUUUGACUGUUACGUAGCAUUUCCCUCCACUGUUCUACCUUUAGCCGUUUCUGAUCAUCUGUCUUUUUGUACCUUGCUGCUAACGCUGCCGUUUUGGUUGCCCUGACGUGUCGGUUGCCUUGACGUGUCUAAGCUCAGCCACUUUCCCAAAAUGCUGCUUCUGUCAGGUGAUCAGACAUAUUUUAAUGCAUGUGAGAAAAGGCAAACAAAUGUUCAAGUAACUAGAAUAACAAAUCCAUAUUUUGCUUACUUGUCAGCAAGUGUUAUUUUUUUUAUUUAUGCGGUUGCAUUUUUUUUAAUUGAAAGGAGAUACAAGUACAAUCAUUUUACUUUAAAGAACAUUUUUGCAAAAUCAUACAUGCAUUCUUGGAUUUAAGUUGUUUUUGAUUAGUCCUUGUUUUAUGAGAAAUUACACAUAGCUUUUAUAGUACAAAAUGCAUGGAGGCUCAAACUUUAUUCUGGAAAGAUAAUGUUUGUUUUUGGUAAGAGUACUUUCAAGCUAAAGAACAGAUUGUUAUAAAUACAAUUUUAAAAACUGUACAGAAAACAA